AUUUCAGAUUGUGUGGAAAAAUAAUGACACUUUCGCUGGACCAUAUGACUUUCACAGGCCCGUACGCAGGGGGUUGCGGCGGGUCCGUACACACCUUCCCGCUUCCAAAUUAUUAAAGGUCCACAUUUUCCAGAGUAGAAAAUUCAAAAAUUACUCUCGCACAUUCUAGAAAUCCAUCCACCAAAUCACCGACCAAUCAGAGCAAUUUCCAACUGGGACCGCCUCUAAUUGUCGCACAAGCAACGACUUUAAAGCUUUUUAAGGGAAUUUGUGUUUUCCCCGCCGCUUCCGUGUCAAUGAUUCACUGUGUACAAACUCAUCAUCCUUCUAUGUGUCACUAAAAUCAUCUUUAUUCUUUCUUGGAAAUUAUUAUACAACAGGCGCGGAUUUUAACAGUAUUUAUAUAAGCUUUUCAGAGGAAUUUUAGAAUUUUCCCUGCCGCCUGCCAAUCAAUGAUUCACCGCGUACAAACUUAUCGUCCUCCUAAGUUUCACGAAAAUCAUCUUUAUUCUCGUUUGGAAAUCUUCUUGACACAGCAGCCACAGAUUUAGACCGUCGCACCAUUCGCCAUGACGAAUGUGAGAACAAGAAAUAUAUAGUACACAAAGAAAAGUAAAAAAUAAUACAGAAAGAUUAUGGUUGUGUAGACAAAUAACUUAUAUUUGAUUGUUGUGAUUGUCAAUGAAGCUCUAGAACCACCACAAAGCAGCAGCGAUGAAGGAUUGUGAUGAUGACAAUUUCCCUAAUGUAUCUGUGCUUCUGGACUGUGCUGCACUUUCCAGUGGUGGUGCCCCUCCCCCGUCCUUGAAUUUGCCCAAAUAUUUAAAAAAAAUACAUAUAUAUUCAAAUUUAAAUCUGAGAGUUCCAUCUCUAGCCAUAGAGGUGCCAUAAUCAUAAAUUUUAUUACUCAGCCCCAACCAUAGUGGGGUGAGGUAUUAUAGACCCACAAAUAUGUGAAAGUCUACUGACGGUAGAAUUUGCUCCAUAAAUUUUAAGUUUUAAAAUGAUCUGUUAUUAAGUGGUAAAGUUUUAUUUGCUUAUUAUUAGAGCGUACUUAACAAAAGAAGUACAUCAUGGCAGAAUAUAUAAAAUUAGAAUAAUUUUAAUUUCCCAAGAAAUACCGUAGUUUACAACACAAUGGAGAGUAGUGUUCGACACUCAUAAGUAAUAAGCAUGCUAGAAAGUAUUAUAUAAUAAAUAAUAGUAAUUAUUCCUUUUGUAUGUUGUAAUUAGUUUAAUGUGUUCAUAAGCAUGCUAAAAUAUGAUAAAGUAAAUAGGUCUUGUAAUUUGUCCAAUUAAGAGUCGUCUUUAAGAUGACAUCAUUGGCGUGAGAAUUAGCAGGUUGUACUGUAAGUAUUAGUAAAGUGUAUCUGCAAACAAUAACAACCACCACUAUAAAUAAAAGUGAAUAUGAACGGACACGGUUAUAUUCGUCGUCCUGGCGUAUUUCAGGAUAAGCCGUGUUGUACUCUACGGCAGCGUAUUUAAUUGUAUCAUGCUGCAUUGUUUACAAUAAAACCGCCAAAAUACAAACUUCGUAAAAUUAAAAUAAACGUUUUAACGUUUUAUAAUCAGUAUUUGUAAGACCUUUACACAAGAUGAUUUUAUGCGUCCAUUUCAAAGAACGGCGAAUUGUGCAUUGCGUCUUUAUACCUGUAUACCUGCAGAACGGACCUUGUCAAUUUUGUCUAACAGUUUCAUCCAAGGUGGUACGACUGCUGAGAUAAAGAGACUACGCCACGUCGGAUGUUGAAGUGUUAAGUACUAAACACAAAAGUAUUGCUACUUCAAUCAUUUUGAUAAAAUUACUAUAUUUUGGUUUUUUGGACCAUGUACUACAACAACCUGAAUGAUACUAUCUGGAUGGCGUCGACUAGGUUAACAUUCUGGGUGACGUAUGGUGUUGUGAUCUUUCUAGCAAUGAUCGGCAACGCCUUUGUCUUGGGAGUAACACUCUACUAUCGGCACCUUCAGACGUCCACCACCGUAUAUCUUACUAACUUGGCAAUAUCUAACAUCUGCCUUGUAUGUAUCGAGUGUCCAAUAGUUCUUAUCCAGUUUGCAUUGCCAGGGAACCAAUCAAAAGAUUUACUUGGAGAUAGUAGUGUCGUCUUUUGCGCAUCGGCCUUUUUCUUCGGUAACUUUUUCGGCACUGUGUCAGUUUUCAUACUUCUAGUUCUAAGUAUUGAGCGAUUCUGCGCAGUCGUUCAUCCGGUAAGCACGCGAUUUAUUCGGACGCCCAAACGAGCCAGAGCUUUACUCAUAAUGGUGUGGUCACUUGCUGGAUGGAUCGCAUUUGGUCAAAGCCUUCUUUGUAGCGGAGAAAUCGAACACGGCACCUAUCUGGUGACUGCUAACAUAACCUACAACAUCAAUUAUUGUAAAUCCAAACAGCCAGAGAGUAACCCCAACGGAGCGCACGCGUACUCGUCAACCGUGUUUCUCUUAGUCUAUGUGUCAACACUGACAGUAACUGUAUCUAUCUACGUAAAAAUUGUGCUAUUCUUGAGUAACCAAAAGACGCCGGGGGUGUUUACCAGAGAUUCUCCAGUUGUCAACAAGGUUGUCGACAGUGCCAGGUUAUCAAUUGUGCGCAUGAUCGAUGAUCAAUCGUCUCCUACUUUUUAUGCUACUCUUUGUAUUUUUAUGUGAAUUUGUAUUUCAUUUACUUCGGAAUACUAGCGAACCAAGGUUUUACAAUGAUGCUACUUGCAAACAUACUUGGCGCUGUUAACUGUGUUGUAAAUCCCAUUUUAUAUACUAUUUUCGUCCAGAG